AUGUUCGCGGUACCAGGAUGGUCCGUGUCAGCAGACGCGCUCAAGGCUGAAUCGCCUUCAGCAAAGAACAACAGCGCUCCCGGAACAAAGUCAAAGAAGCGCAAGCGCAACAACGCGGCCGCUGCAGCAGCUACGGAAAACGUCACAUCCUCAACCGUGGCCGACCUGUGGGAAUCAGUCAUUGAGGGAAAGAAGCCUGAGGCUCCUCCUAAGCCCGAUAAGUCUGCCAAGCGGCAGAAGAAGGAUGGCAAGGGGAAGCGCGGUGAUGAUGAGCAACCUCAAGACAGCAAGCAGGGUGAAAAGAAUGGAGAUGCUCAGCCCAAGAGCAAGAAGGAGAAGAAGCAGAAGCAAAAGAAGAAGCCCGCAGAAGAAAAGGAUGCCAACCAAGAAGAGCCUUCUUCAACAUCAGCAAAGAACGACGCCAUCGUCAAGGCAACACCUCUGCCUCCCGCUCCUCCCAAGCUCACCCCCCUCCAAGCCUCCAUGAGAGAGAAGCUCAUCUCAGCACGGUUCCGACACCUCAACGAGACGCUCUACACGAAGCCAUCCGAAGAAGCCUACCAGCUCUUCCAGGACUCCCCCGAGAUGUUUGACGAGUACCACGAGGGCUUCCGCCGACAGGUCAAGGUCUGGCCCGAGAACCCCGUCGAUAGCUUCCUCCAGGACAUCCGCUCCCGUGGCAAGAUGCCGUUGCCCCGUACUCAGCAGGAGUGCACCAUCGCCGACCUCGGCUGCGGCGACGCUCGCCUCGCUGAGGCUCUUCAAGCCGAUGGCAAGAAGCUCCGUGUCAACGUCAAGAGCUUCGAUCUCCAGAGCCCCAGUCCUCUCGUUACCAAGGCCGAUAUUGCAAACCUCCCUCUUGCUGAUGGUUCCGUCAACGUCGCUGUCUUCUGCCUUGCCCUGAUGGGCACCAACUGGGUCGACUUCGUUGAAGAGGCUUACCGCAUCCUGCACUGGAAGGGCGAGCUCUGGGUUGCCGAAAUCAAGAGCCGCUUCGGGCCCAUCCGGAACAAGAACGCCCCCGUCGUCCACAGCGUCGGAAAUCGCAAGAAGGCGGCCGCGGGUAAGAAGAGCAAGGGCAAGGGUGAUGACGAUGGUGGCAACGACGAGGAUCUGGCUAUCGAGGUGGACGGUGCGGAUGACCGCCGCCGAGAGACUGAUGUCUCGGCAUUCGUCGAGGUUCUCAAUUCGCGCGGUUUCGUCCUUCAGGGGGACCGCGCGGCUAUUGACCUAUCCAACAAGAUGUUUGUCAAGAUGCACUUCAUCAAGGGUGCAUCGCCGACAAAGGGCAAGGGUGUGAAACCCCAGGAGCCUCCCAAGGGGAAGAGGGGCAUCAUCCGCAGGAUAGACCCCGUGGAUGAGGAGCCAGAGGUCAACGAAUCUUCCAUCCUGAAGCCAUGCGUUUACAAGAUUCGAUGA